UGUACCAUUUCAGGUGGCCCACCAGUUCUACAACCGGACGAAAUUCCUCAAGUCGGAAGGUGGUACACCGUCAAGCUGGAGUACACGAAAAACAGGCAAGGAUUCCGGUGCAUCACGUUCCGCGGCCACCGGUACAACUGCGAAACCGUCAAGGCAAACGACGCAUUCUCCUGGCGCUGCUACAAAACCAAGUGUAUGGCCCUGCUGAACACCCAGCGUGACGAUCGGCUGAUGGUGGGACCGCACGCCCACACUCAUCCACGCUUCGGCAGUCACCAAAAGACGCACGAAAGGGACGUUGACGGAGAAACGGUCGAUCCGGAAAACCCCCCGCCGCUGCCGGACGACCAGGAACCGAGCUUCCGCACCUGGUACACCGUUCCGUUGCGCUUUUUCGAGAGCAAACGGGGCAAGCGCAAUCUGUCCUUCCGGGGGUUCGGGUUUCACGUGUCCCGCACGGCGCGCCUGGCCGGCACGAUCGGGUGGACCUGCUCGCGGCAAGGCUGCACCUGUCGGGUGAUUACGCGCGGCGUCGACAAGCUGUGGUACGGCCCCAACAACCACAACCAUGGGGGACCGCGAAACAAGCGGUCGAGGUCGGGCGGUGAAGGCGAUGCUGGUCCAGUGGGUGAACCGUUACAGAUUAAACUCGAGCCUAUUGAAUAUCAGUAAAAAUGUU